UGAUUUUAUGAUCUGUAGUUGUAUAAUAAUUGCAUAUAAAACAAUUAUUAUAAGCUUAUAACAUUGUUCAAAAAUAUGGAAGAAGAUAUUAAGCCAGAUAUUAAACCAGUGAUUGAUGAAAUCCCCAAAGAACCAGAUGAUAAAAAAACAAGUUUAUGCGUUGCAUUGAAAAUUCUCAAAAAGUAUAACUUAAAUUCUACUGCGGAAACUUUGAAAAAAGAAGCAAAUUUAACAGAUUCUGCAUAUAAUACUUCAGAGCAUGAUGUUAAUAAUGCCUUAAACAUAUUUAAGUCCCAAGGAGAUCCGUCAGUGUAUGAGAAUGCUUAUAUAACUCUAUCAAAAUUUGUUGAAACAUCAUUAGAUAUUUACAAACACGAAUUGGGCUGUGUUUUAUAUCCAGUAUUUGUACACAUGUAUUUAGAUCUUGUUUGUAAUCGUUAUGAAGCUGAAGCUUUGAAGUUUAUGAAUAAGUUUGGACCUGAACAAGAAUCUUACUAUCAAGCUGACAUUCAAAACUUGGCAGUAAUUACCAAAAAAGAAGAAUUAGAUGAUAAUGCUUUGAUAAGUAAUUACAAAUCAAAUGAAUUUGUUGUUCGAAUGUCUAGGGAUACUUUAUCUCUUUUAAAACGGCAUUUGAAAGAAAAAAAACAAACUGUCCUAUUAGAUAUUGUUCAAGAAAAUUUAUUUUUUGAUGUAUAUGAAGGAAUAGCUAGAAACAAACAACAAAUUGAUGCGGUAGCAGGAGGUAUGAUUGGAGAAGGAACUCGACAAGACAAUAAAUCUAGAGUGUAUUAUGGGUUAUUGAAAGAACCUGAUUUGCAAACUGCAGCAGCAACAGUUAACUUAGAUGAAGAUGAAGAAGAAACUCAAGAGAGUGAAAAACCAAAAAAAAAGAAAUCAAAGUCUAAUCCUUUAUUAUCUAAAAAAACUAAAAUUGAUCCUAAUGCUCCACCAUUAGAUAGAAUGCCAUUACCACAACUGAGAGAGAUUGAUAAAAAAAUUAAGGUUCAAGCAGUUUUGGAUUCUGCUAAACGAGUAGCAUUAAACCAUGAAACAUUACCUUCUAUAUGUUGUUAUACAUUAUUAAACUGUUCUAAUGCUGUGAAUUGUGCAACCAUUAGUGAUGAUGCAACAAUGUUGGCUGUAGGAAUGGCUAAUAGUCAAGUACGUGUAUGGAGCCUUGUACCUCAAAAACUGCGUGCCAUGAAAACAGCCGAUCAACUACUAGAUAUAGAUCUGGAAUCAGAUGAUGUAAUGCAUAGGAUACUUGAUGAUAGAUCAGCUGAAACCACUCGUACAUUACUUGGACACUAUGGUCCUGUAUAUCAAGUAUCUUUUAGUCCUGAUAAAACAUUAUUAUUGUCAUGUUCAGAAGAUUGCACUAUUAGACUUUGGAGUUUACUUUUAUGGUCAUGUGUAGUUGCGUAUAAGGGAAGUUAUCAUCCUGUAUUUGAUGUCAAGUUCAGUUUACAUGGUUAUUAUUUUGCAACUGCUAGCAGAGACCGUACAGCAAGAUUAUGGGCAACAGAUAAUUAUCAGGCAUUAAGGUUGUUCAGUGGUCAUUUUUCAGAUGUAGAUUGUUGUCAGUUUCACCCUAAUUCGAAUUAUAUAGCAACUGGGUCAAGUGACCGAACUGUACGUUUAUGGGAUUGUGUCACAGGAGAACAAGUACGAUUGAUGACUGGUCAUAAAGGAGAAAUUUUGACAUUGUGUUUUUCAAAUGAGGGACGAGUUUUAGCAUCAGCUGGCAAUGAUUGUAAUAUACUUCUAUGGGACAUUGCACAUGGGCAUUUAGUGGCCAUGCUUACUGGACAUAAAGGACCUAUUUAUACAAUUACCUUUAGUAGAGACAGUACUAUUUUAGCUACUGGCUCACAUGAUUGUAAAAUAAUGCUCUGGGAUUAUUCAAAACUUUUAGAAGAUCUCUCAUUGGAUGAUAUGAAUGUACAUAACCCAACCGUUUUGAAUAAUAGUUCUAAAUACCUACUUCGAGCAUUUGGUACUAAGAACUCGCCAGUUAUACAUCUAUUUUUUUCAAGGCGGAAUAUUAUGUUUUGUGUAUGCUCAUUCAAUUCUCCUCAAUCCAGUUAACUGUUAAUUAUUAAAAAUAAUUACUGUACUACAUUUAUCUUUCUGUUAAUUAUUUAAUAGUGUUAUAGUUAAGUACAAGAGUGUAUAAGUAACUAUUCUUUUUUUGUGGUAUUUGUAAGGAUAAUUUAUUUUUUUAAAUAUAUUUUUAUAUAUUU